AUGGGAAAGAGUGAAAAGGAAAAGUCUAUUUUAAAUGUUGAAAAAGAAGAGGAAGAAGACUUGAAUUCAAUGAGAAACAACUGUAGCACAACUGUUCGAAAUCAAAAAACGAAAAGAGAAAAUAUCGAAGAAGAAGAAGGAGAAAAAGAAAGAGAAGGAAGAGCUAAACAAAAUGAUAAUGAAAUGGAAAAAGAUGAAAGUAAAUUAAUGGAAGAAGUUGAUAACUUGCUUUCUAUGUUAAUAAACAGUUGUGCUGAUAAUGAUAAUCAACAGCAAAUUGAAAAUACAAAAUUGCAUCAAGAAAAUAAUUCCUAUUCGAUACUUACAAUUUCAUCAAAUGAUAAGGAUGUGGGAAAUUUUUUAUAUGGAGAAAAAUUGGAAGAAAAUAAUUGCAAGAAUGAAGUAAUAUGUUCUGGAAGAGUUCAGGAAAGAAAAAUGGAUGAAAAUAAUUUCAAAUUAAAUUUAAUCGAAAUAUAUGAUGAAGCAAACGAUAUCAAAGAUUCUAAUGUUGUGAACAAUUCGACAAUAACUGAAACAACAAAUUUUGAGAGAAGCAAUUUGUCGGAUGUUUGUAUUGUGUAUGCAAAUGAGCAAGAUAAAUUGAAAAUGGAUGCUGUGACAAAUGUACAAAGCAUAGAAAUUUCGAGAGAACAAAGUUCAGAAAUGUCAAAUAUUGAAACAUUGAAGGAGGAUUUUUUAAUUCAUGAAAAAUCAGAUAAUUUGGAUGAAGAAUUAGCAGAAAAAAAUAAGAAUAUGGAUAACAUUAGUAUGAAAAUAGAAGAUAAUUCAAUUGAAAGAACUACUGAACAAUUAAAUAGCAAUAGCAUUCAGGAUUCGAAUAUAAGAAUUGAAUUGAAUGAUUGUAGUGUUAGCAAUGAGGAUGAUAAUACCGGAAAUAGCAUAUUUUCGGAAAGAACUGAGCAACCUGAAUUACAAGAAGUCAAGGAAAAGAAUGAAAACAUAAAGAAAUCGAAAGGGGAAGAAUUUGAGACAAAAAUAGAUGGGAUAAAUUUAUCAAAAUCUGAUACAUAUAUUACUGAAUCAGAGCAAAAGAUUGAUGAGAAUUUUGUCUCGGAUAAUCCUGUCAUCUUAAAUGAUACAGUCCGAGAAAAGUUGACACUUAUGAAUAAUGUCAUCGAAAUGGUAUGUUCUGCAAAAAUUCCAGAAGAAAAUAAUAAGCGAAUCGAUAGCAAUGAACUUGCUGCAACUAUGAAUUCACGAAUUGUGGAAAAUUUGCCAACAAAUGAAUCGAAAGUUACCUGUGGUAUUGAAUUAUUAAAAGAUACUGAAGAAUUAAAUAGCUGUGAAGUAACACAAUCGAAAAAUAAAUUCUAUGAAGCUAUAACCGGUUUCUGGAAGCAUGCAGCAUUUAGCAAAAAACGUUCCGAAAUUGCUAUUUCAAAGAAUUUACCAUCAGAAUUAACACAAAUAUCCUCAAUUCAUUCCAGUAAAACUUCGUUAACAUCUACAGAAUCGUUAGGCUCAGUGAUACUUCCAGCUGAACUUAUCAAAUCAACCGGAUCUGCUACAGAAUCUAUUCCGCAUUCUGAAGAUAAUAUUAACUCAUCGCUCCUAGAAAACACUGUAACAGAUGUAAUUUCUGGUUCUGAUCAGCAAAAAAUCUUACUUAAUGAUCAGUCAUUUAAUUCUACACUUACGGAAAACUUAGUUUCUGAUAUUGAUCCGGAAGCUUUGCAAGUAACACCAGAUUCAUUGAAUAUCACUGAUGAAAUGAUUAAGAAUCCAGACGAUUCGUUGGAGAAAAUGGAAGAUUCAAGAAAAAUUAAGAAAGGAAAGGCUGAAUCUACGAAUUUAAUGGUUUUUGGUCAUAAGAUUGAUUCGAUUAUGUUCGGAUCAAAGAAGUAUAAAGGGAAGGAUAGCGGAAGUUUGCGAAGUUUCCGGCCAGAAAAUGGUCACCAUCACCAUCAUCAUCAUGUCUUCUCUAGUUUAUCAAUUCGAUCAUUGCCAGAAACGGAUUGUACAAGCUUACCGGAAACAAGUAGAGCAGUAAUGGAACCUAAUUAUUAUGAAGUUAAUCGGAUGAAUGAUGAUCAAGUUAAUGCCGCAUUUGCUGAAUUGCUUAAACAAAUGAAUAUAAAAGAUGAGAAAUUUCGUGCCUUAUUAGCAGAUAAUGAUAUGGAAAAGAAACGACAGAUGGUUUGUCAAUCUCAGCGACUUAAUAUGGCUACUCAAGAGAAUUCCAAGCGACCGAUUGAUCUGAUUCGACGUGUUGAAAGAAUGUUGGUAUCGGGAGAAGAAGCUAGGCUGAUGAAGGAUGUAUUGAAAGACUUGAAAGUCCAGCUUAGUGUUCAGAAAGUGGAUUGGAUUAAAGAGUUCGGCAAUCAAGGUGGUCUUCAGUUAUUAUUCCACAUAAUGUAUAAUCUUAUCGAAUCCCUACGGUUAUCAGAAAAUUCUGAACGGGAAGAAGAAUAUGCUUUGCAAUUGCAUGACAGUGUCAAAUGUUUGAAAUCCGUUGUCAAUACAUGGCCUGGAAUGGAAAUGUGCUUUAGACGUCAAUCGAAAAUGUUUUCAUGUUUGGUUGGAAUACUUUCCGUGGCUUCUGGAAAGCCAUCUUUGGAUCAUUGGGAUUCACUGAAAUUUGUAACAGUGAGUCUCUUGGGCGUCGUGGCUUUUGUUAAUGAUGACAAAUUUGAACUCAAAGGACGUGAAACGCUCUUACAAGCCUUAACCGAAGAAGCUCGAUUACGAAAAUGCGACAGGUUUAGCUGCAUUGUUAGCUGUCUGAAUAAGUCGAAUCGCCUCGAUGUAGUGAAGAAAGCUAUGACAUUGGUAAAUGUAAUGCUGGAUGUGCCGGAACCAGAUGAUACAACUACUGAGGAAGGUCGUGCGUCCGCUGAAGGUGCCUGGCAAAUUCGGAUGCAUUGGAGAAGUGAAUUCAUGCGUGCUGGAAUGUACGAUUGCGUUCAAUUUUUGGAAAGUUGCACUCUGGAAGCAAUCAAGAAGCAGUAUGAUAAUUUCUGUCGGAUCAAAGAAGCUGACUUUGCUGAACUUGUAAAUCGAUUUGAACAAAUAAAAGGUGAAUAUGAAGAGCCGGACUGCUGCUAUAGCAUUUUGCUAGCUGGUGUAAAGAACACUAGAGCUGAAGGACCAUUUUUGAGCAUUCUACAACAUCUUCUUCUAGUAACCGACGACAUUGGCGUGAGGACGGAGUAUUUUCGACUGAUUGAGAAUUGCAUCUCAGAAAUCGUUCUGCCGAAAACAUGUGUGGAUCCCGAUUUCCGUGGGAAAUUCGAAUUUACUCAAGAUAUCACCCAUUUUCUUGACACGUUGGAAGAUGGCGAAGAAGGAAGGCAGGCUAAUAAACGUGUGGAAAUAGCUACGCAAGCAAAAAAUGAAGCCUUAGCCAAAUUGAGCCAAUAUUACAGAAGGAUGGAAGAGUUUGCUAAUGAGGCAGAGCAGCUCAGAAAGCAUAUAAAUGAUCCAAAUGCACCACUUCCUCCACCAACAAGCCGUUUACCGCCACCAGAUACCUAUGCCGAAGUAUUAGAUAAGUUAAAUGUCGUAACAGGAAGUCCACCUCCAGCACCUGGCCACCAAAUUGCUCCUCCACCACCACCGCCACCUCCACCUCCACCUCCACCUUUGCCUCCAUCUCUUCCACCGUCUGGAAGUUGUCCUCCACCACCACCACCACCACCACCACCACCGCCACCGCUAUUGCUAGGUGGACAAGGUCCACCUGGACUGCCACCACCUGGACUCUUGAAUAAAGUGGUAAGUCCUGAACUACCGGAAUAUCUAAAGAAAAAACCGCGUCGUGAAGUCAAUGUGGCAAUGAAAAAAAUUCCAUGGAGCUCAGCAACGAUCAAACCCAAAGAAAUCAGUAAAGACUCUUUUUGGGCGCAAACAGCGGAAGAGAAAUUCGCGAAUGAACGAUUGUUUGAAACACUGAAAAAAAAAUUUGCAGCGAAUCGACAAAGUAUCACUGCUGAGUCUGAUUCAACAGCAAGUGGAAGGAGUUUGCCGAAGAAGAAAGUCCGUAAACCACUCGUCAUACAAGACGAAAAAAUUUUGCAAACUCUUGCCAUUUUGCAAGGAUCACAGAAGAUACCGCUAGAGGAAUGGAAACGGAUUUUGUUGGAAAUUGAUGAUCGAGUAAUAUCUUCGGGAACAAUGCAACAGCUGAGAAAUGCUUUGCCACCAACUGAUACGUUGAAGAAACUUCAGGAUUUAGCUGGUAACAAAUUCAAUGAGAUGCCUGAAGGUGAACAGUUUGCUGCAACACUAGCUUCAAUAAAAGGAUUGUCUGCAAGAUUGGAUUCUAUGAUUUUCAUGCUCGAAUUUGAUAAAACUCUUAGCGAUUUAAAACCGACAAUAUCUGCUGUGAUAGAAGCAUGCGAUGAAGUUCGGAUGUCAAAUGGCUUCAAGAUGUUUCUAGAAAUGGUUCUUUUGGUUGGAAAUUACAUGGGACACUCAUCGAAAACAUAUAAGGACAUAUUCGGAUUUGAAAUGAGUGUAUUGAAAAAGUUAAGUGGUACGAAAGAUGUAAACAAUAGUGAGUCACUUUUGCACUACCUCGUAAGUUGUAUGUCUACCGAAGCGAAUGGUCUAUAUGCAAACUUUCCGAAAGAUGAAUUCCUCCAUGUUGAUAAAGCUUCACGCGUCAAUGCGGACGAAGUAGCUAAAGGCGUUAACGCUCUAAAAAAUGCUCUCAAUAAAGUCGAGAAUCAGCUGAAGACGUUUGUCAGGCAAGCAGAAAAUGAUUUGUUCCCUGAAAAAAUGGGUCCGUUCUUAUCAAAGGCAAAAACAGAAUGCGAAAUUGUAGAAAAAAUGUAUAACACGAUGAACGCAAAAUGGGAGUCUUUGAGGAAAUAUUAUUCAUUUGACCCGAAAAAAUACAACAUGGAAACAUUUUUUAGUGACUUGAAAUUGUUUAAAGAAGAUUACGAGAAAGUAAUUCAUGACAUGGAGAAAAUGCGUGAAGUAAAAGAACGUGAGGAACAAAGGAAGAAAAGACUACCAUUAAAGCCCUUGCAACCAGGAGUUGCAGCAUCUCCACUGAAUCGCACUGUGGCAAUCGAAGGGAUCCUGAAAACAGGAAAACAGGAUUUGGGUGUUGUGGAUGAAAUUGAGAAGAUACUAGAAGCAGGAUAUUUAGAAGGAACAGAAAGAAGGACGCCAAGGAGAACACCACGUACCCGUGCUGGUCGUGCUGCAAUGGAACGACAACGCUCGCGUGUUUCUGAAGAACAUAUGUCAGUGUUAUCCGGCAGUUCUGGAGCAUCACAGCUUCCAACACAGUAUCGAAUACGAAGAAAAGGACAGCCAACAUUACUUGUACAGGCAGGUGCCGUAUCGUUAUUGCCGAAAGAAAAUGAAAAGCCAUAA